AUGCGCCCCGACGCCACCUUUGCGUUGCUCACACAGGCUCUCGCCGUGCAGGCCGUGCGCAUCGUCCAGUCCAACGACGAUGGGUGGGCAGAGCUCUACAUCCGCUCCUUCAACGACGCGCUGAGGGCCUCGGGCCACGACGUCCUCCUGUCGGCUCCCGCCGAGAAUAAGUCCGGCUCAAGCUCCCUUGACGUCGAGCCCAGCCCGCGCAAGAGCGCCUGCGAAUACGACAGCUGUCCAGCGAACAGCGGACCCGUCGGCCUCAACGAGACCCGCAAGGACCUCCGCUGGGUCAACUCGUACCCGGUGACCGCAAUGCGCUACGGCAUCGAGCAGUUUGCCCCGGAGCAGUUCAACGGCGCCGCCGUGGAUCUCGCCGUCUCCGGCCCCAACGUCGGCACAAACCUGUGGCUCCAGGUCCUCUUCUCCGGCACCGUUGGCACGGCUGUCUACGCCUCGGGCAAGCAAGGCAUCCCCGCCAUCGCCUUCUCGGGCGCCUCGGAAGGCGCCCUCGCGUGGAACACGCUGCCCGUGCCUGCGCGGAGUACCAUUUACGCGGAGCUCGCGACGCGGCUGGUCAAUGAGCUUGUUAGCGGGGGCGCGCCGUACCUGCCGGACAAGACGUGGCUGAAUGUCAACUUCCCAAAAGUCAGCGACACGGAGUGCAACGACCCGGACCAGUUCAAGUGGGUCCUGAGCCGUAUCAACCCGGGGCUGCUGUCCGGUCCGGACGUGAGCACCUGCGGGGGCAACGCGAGGUUGCCCGAGGAGAAUACGGUUGCCGGCACGGCGGGAUGCUAUAUUUCUGUGAGCGUGGGCGAUUCGAACGACAAGACUACGGCGUCCAAGGAGCAGCAGCAGCCUGUGCUGGAUCGGUUGUCGGGCUUUUUGUCUUGCUUGCCUUGA